GAGAUGAGGAGGGGGGGAUGGGGUUUGUCUUUGUAUAGCACAACGAGGCUUCUACAGAGAGACAUACAGUCACACAGACAGAUACAUGCAGACUGGGAGACAGAGGCAUCUGUGAGACAAGCACAGACAAACUGUGAUAAACAGAGACAGAGCGAGAGACACAGCAUCUGCAGCAGAGGCAGGCUCGCAGUAUCUGGGACGCUGUGUCUGUGGCAGGGACCAUCCUUCCAGCAGCCAGGGACAGCCAGUUACCGCAGCAUCAGCAAAGGCAGCAGGACCCCUAGACCCUGCGGGAAAUAGAGGCUCAAGCUACCAUGGGGGCUUCCGAGAGACUGAGAGCCACCCUACUCUCUGCAAGCUGUCUGCUGCUGCUCAGUGCACAGAGCCUCUCAGCAUGGCGCCCUCAGCUGGCUUUGUUCUGCGGCCGAGUUACGUUACAUAUGGACCUGAUGUCUGGCCAGUGGGUGUCGGACCCCCGAGGAGUCCCCAGCUGUCUUGGAAGCCGGGAUGAGAUCUUACAGUACUGCAGACAGAGCUAUCCUGAGCUGCAGAUCACAGGAGUGGCUGAGGCUGCCCAGCCAGUCACAGUGACAAACUGGUGCCCGAAACAGGGGUCUGAGUGCAGGGGCCGUCAGCACAUUGUCGUUCCAUAUCACUGCCUGGUGAGCGAGUUUGUCAGCGAUGCUCUACUGGUUCCUGAUAAAUGUCGAUUCCUGCACCGGGAGCAGAUGGAUGUUUGCGAGAGCUACCAGCAAUGGCACGAGACCGCACGCGGGGCCUGCGCCUCCGAGGGUUUGGAGCUGCACAGUUACGGAAUGCUGCUCCCCUGUUCCCCUGAGCGUUUCCGCGGUGUGGAGUACGUGUGCUGUCCCCCUCGCAGCCCACUACCAGCAGAGCCCACCAGAGGACAGCCCGUCACAGAACCAGAAGACACCGAGAAAGGAGAUGAAGUGGAAAUUGAUGAAGAUAACGUUGAAGUCAUUGAAGAGGGAGGAGAAGACACAGCGGGAGCAGCUCCAGACCAGCACCCCUCCGUGUGGGAUGAUUAUUUUGUUGGACCUGGAUAUGAAGAGGAAGUAACCAGCGCAGCACCCACAGUCCCUCCAGAGGUCAAAGUCUCUCGUCCCACGGAUGGCGUAGAUAUAUACUUUGAGUCACCGCGGGAUGGAUCUGAACAUGCUAACUUCUUGAGAGCCAAGAUGGAGUUGGAAGAACGCCGCAUGAAGCAGAUUAAUGAGGUGAUGAAGGAAUGGGCAGAGGCAGAUAAUCACGCCAAGAAUCUCCCCAAAUCUGAUCGCCAGGCUCUGAAUGAACAUUUCCAGACCAUCCUGCAGACCCUGGAAGGACAGAUCUCUGCCCAGCGCCAGCGUCUUGUUGAGACCCACCUGGGGCGAGUGGUUGCAGCUCUGAAUGAUAACCGCAGGGCGGCACUAGAGAACUACCUGGCUAGUGUGCAGACCUCACCCCUUGAUCACGAGCGCGUAUUGCUGGCGUUGAAGCGAUACAUCCGUGCAGAGCAGAGAGACCAGCGCCACACUAUCAGACAUUACCAACAUGUGAGCAGCGCAGAGCCUGACAGAGCGGAGACCAUUCAAUUCCAGGUUCUCACGCACCUUCGCGUCAUUGAAGAACGCGUUAACCAGUCUCUGUCUUUACUUUACCGGAAUCCACAGCUUUCUCCAGAACUCAAAGACCAGAUAGAAAGCUGGCUGCACGCAGAGUGGGUGGGCGCUGGAGAUCUCCUCACUUCCACGCAGAAGAAACUGAAUGAAGACAGUGACUACACUGACAUGAGAGUGUCCACACAGAACUCUGCUGAGACGUCUCAAGGAGAGGACUCCCAACAGAUCGAAUGGAAAGGGUCAGCUGUUUGGGAUCUGUACUCCGACUUCUCCACCACGGAACGAACUCUCAAUUUCCCUGGGCAAAAGGAUAACGCGUCCAUGAAACAGGUCCAUUACCAAUCGGAGGAGAUUCAGCGCGAUGAACUAGAACCCGACACGCUGGUGACCUUUAACCGAGGGGCUCUGAUUGGCCUGCUGGUGGUGGCGGUUGCUGUGGCGAUGGUAAUAAUUGUCAGCCUCCUCUUGAUCCGACGCAAACCAUACGGAACGAUCAGCCAUGGAAUCAUAGAGGUGGAAGCAUCGAGAAACCCGGAAGACAAGCACCUGAGUAAGAUGCAGAACCAGGGCUAUGAAAAUCCAACCUACAGAUAUUUCGAAGAGUCCAACUAAACCCUGGGGUGCCGGAGGAUUGGGUUAUACAUUUUGGGCCAUGGGUGGGGAGGGCUUUAUUCAGGGGCAUAAAAAAAAUUUAAUAAAAUGUAAAAAAAAAUAUGGGUGGGGGGAGGCACGGGUCUACAGGGCAAAUUUAACAAGGUUAGUGACGGAAUAGCUAGAGAGAGCAUUUGCCCCCACUGAGAGCGACCGCGAGAGAUAUAAAAUGGUCGCAUCGCAGCUGGGAGGAAUCUGAUAAAUACAGGGAAAGAAAGGAGAAAAGAGGAUAUUCUGGAAGGUAAGAGAAAGAAGAAAUGCAUGGGGUAAUGUGUAGGACAGAGCGAGUUAAAGUGCCGUCUCUCGCCCCUGUAAAAUGCACUUAUAUAAAUUAUUUAUAACAAAGAAGGGAUAAGAGACAAGGUGGCACUCUGACCUCCUGCUCCGAGACAUCUCCCUGAAACGAGACCGCUAACCUGCUCUCUCUGCAUUGUCAUACCGCCAGGGACACCAGCAAUGCAUUUAACCCAUUUGAGCGGCAGAGAGGGAGGGGCGCACAUAGCGCCCACUGUAGGCCAACGGCUUUGUGUAAAAACAGAAAUUAAAGCAUAAAAAUAGCCCUACACAGAAUGUAGUAACCAUGGUUACAUGAUCAACAUCAUUAUACAAUGUGGCCCCUCCCUCUACGCAUUCAAAGGGUUCCAAUCUGCAGACUGCUUCCUAUGCCAUCUCCUGCUGCUUUCUAUUUAUUUAAACUUGUUUGGCUGGUCUGUUGGCUAGGAGUGAUAGUUCCUCUUACUGCCUGUCUGAAUCGUUUAGUCAGAUUAGUAGGUAGGAGGAAAAGAUGGACCAUAAUAUCUGUCUGUCAGCUAUGGGGGUGCGCAUGGCAACGCUGGAAGAAGAGGAGUUGUGUACCCUUAUUGUGGCACUUUAGUUUGUGUAUUAAUUUCCCUGACGUGUUAACACACCCCCCACCCCCUUUACCUAUACCAGUAGCGCUGUGUGUGUGCGCAUCAGGCUGAGCGAAUGAGAGUUUUUGUGUGUGUGGUCGUAAGACAUGCAGCCUUGAAAUUCUAAGUAACCGGUACUCGACCUACAGCACAUCGGCUGAUUUUGCAUUACAAUCCCUAUCAUCCUUAGCCAGUCUGCGAGUGGCUCAGGAUGAUGUGAUCCAAAAGCAGUCAGUAUUCUUAGUCCUUUGAUCUAUGGUACAUUGGCUUCUUGUCCAUCACUGCAUUAAAGACCCCUAACUAUUAUCUUGUUUUAUAACAGUUCCUUUAAAUACGAAUAUAAUGCUAUAUAAAGUGAAUCCAACUACACCCAAAA